CCCGGCCCCGGGCACCUCAUCGUCGCUCAUUUCACCUGCGCGCUGGUUGGCAGUUGCCCUUAUUCCUAGUCUCCGCCGUCUCUCCCCACAUCCAAAAACCCACGUCUUUUCCCACUUCUCGCCUGUCCGGAUCCCCUCCCCAGCAACUCUCUUAUUCACACCACUCCCCCGAAAUACCCAUCACCCACAGACUUCGUUGGCAAAGUCUUUCCUCCUUCGCGCACAGUCUCGAAACAAACACAAGCCAAACUGAACUACUCGCCGAAGCAAGCAUUCGGACUCACGCUCAUUCCUAUUUCUAUCCGCGAACAGACGGCGCCUCGUCGCAGACCAAACCCGCGCUUCACGCUUACAGCAACCGUGACCGUAACCGCGUCAAUACAGGAGCAAGCUCGCUUAGAUCCAUUCAGCAAGCAAUCACAGUCUUUAACGCCAACGCAUAUAUACCGCCUGGUCGAGUCGUUCUACCUUGAGGGGAAACACUCACCAGCCUGGCAUAUAACAUUCAAUUUUUGAAAGACAUCAUUGCAGCACAUAUAAACCUUGCACGGCAGGAAACGGCCUUUUUCAUCACAUCGGCGGACAUCCCCUACUAGCACUAUUUGACUACUCGAGACCUAAACAGGCUUCGAAAGCUUGCAAUUCAGUUUUCAACUCGACCCAUUCUUUCAACAGCAUACUCGGACAUCAUGAAGGUCACGACGAUUCUCGCCGCUUUUCUGCCCGUCUUGGCAUUGGCUCAGAGCUCGACCGACGCCAGCACAACGACCAUCACUUCCACUGCUACCCAGACCAAGACGAUCACCCUGUCGCGCGCUCACACCACGACCAUGACCUACGGCAGUGGUAACAGCACGGCGACGUUCAAGCCCACGGGAUCUGCUGCUGUCUCUGCGACGGCCUCUGCGACAGCCGCGGCCACGACGAAGCCUAACGCCGGCGCCGCCCUGAACGCGGGCAACCUCGCCUUUGCCGGUGUCGCCGGCAUGAUUGCCGCCGUUCUUUUGUAAAGCCGCAUCAUUCGAUGCGCCUAGAGGAAGCGAGGGAACGUGAAGAGAGGCUGAUCGAACGAUUGCGAAGUGGUCCGAGACAUGAUGUCAACCACUUGUUGACGGCCAUUCCGAGCUCGUUUGAUGUAACCUCUCUUCGCUUCUUAUGCUUCUUAUGUCACCACCCCCGGACACUGGCUCGACGCCGCCCAUUUUUACGACCUGAACGACCGUAAAGAUUGGAUACGACUUCAGUUGAUGUCACCACCAGUACCUUUUCCCUCUUCGACAACCCCACGUGCGAUGCUUGCAUCGCCUGCCUGCAGGAAAGGAACCCAAAGACGCCUGUCACUAUGGCCAUUUGACAGCGAUCAAACCUUCUUUACCCUUUUCUUUUUCUUCAAUCCGACACCGCAUGUCCGCUGUCUCUCACUUGAGGAUGGCGGAUGGUUGUCAACUCGACGUUUAAUGUUUCGAUUCUUCCCCAGCAGCACAAGGGUCGUAUGGAAUGCGGAGUCGACUUACCCUCUACACGUCAUUGGCCUAGUCCAUGCUUGAUUCAUCUCCAAGCCCAUGCGUCAUCCGAAGUUGUAGGAUGAUGUACUGGGUUUGAGAUGGGAUGAAACCGUCUCACCGUGGAAAUCUGCUAGGCUUGCCAGCGGCUCACUUUCCCGAUGUCCGGCAAUGACGGUGUUGCAGGUGUGCUUGCUGGCUGGAAAUGAUUUUAUGAGAUCUUCCGCCGCGUCUUCCUCACAGGGGAAUAUGUCGGACGGACAUGAUCGGGAUGGAUGAUUGAGGGAUUUACCGGAGUUUUCGUGUUGGAACAAAAGUUUCACAUUUUCUUCGAGUUGUUGAUACCCCUAUUAUUGUAUGUCUACCGGCAAGGCGGACGGACAGCACGAACGGUUGUCGUAGGGGUCUCCGUUUUGGGGCCACCCUGGGCUUCAGUCUAGUUGCUUUGUCCGACGCUUCGACCGGCGAGAGGAUAUGAUGGAUUUUGCUUUGAUAUUCGAAACGAUGACUUGUUAUUUAUUUGAUGCUGAAUUGUGGCUUGGUUCAUAACGACCUUGCCUUGCGAGGAGGGCUUGGAGGCCAUUGGGAGGAGUUUUAUGGACACGAGACAGGGCUUGAGUGGAUUAGUUGAAUAAAGUGGUUGUUGAU